AUGUUCGUUGCGGCAGCUACUACGAGCCUCGACCUGGGACUUCAGUGUGUGCACAGCCUUUUUCAGGCCGGAUCGCUCUUCGCCUCAACGUUCCGAGAUGCGCGGCGCCAAGAGGAAGCUGGCGGCCGGAGGCUCCAGUGGUCCUUUGUGCGACGUUUGGGCCGGAACCGGACCAACAUCCUCGCAGGCCUGCUGUCUAUGGUCGCAGAGGAAGGGCGCGAACUUCGGGCGGCGGAGGUGGGUGUGUUCAUGGGCGAAACUUCGUCGAAGCUGUUGGGCCUCUUUGAAAAUCUCAGGAUUCUCCUCGUCGACCCGUAUCACUUGCACACCGAGAAUCACACGACGCAGUUUAAUCAGUUUGAGGAGUUUUACAUCUCCUCCCGCUCCACAUUCCUGGCAGCAGCUGGGGCCACACAGCGCUUCCGGCGGCGGGCAUCCUUUGUGCUGCAGACCAGCGCCGGGCUGCAGUGGCUGAGGGGCGAUCUUGAUCUUGUCUUCCUCGAUGGCGAUCAUCGCUAUGGAAGCGUCCGGAAAGACAUCGAGGUCUUCUGGCCGCUCCUGCGGCCGCACGGCAUCUUAGCCGGCCACGACUUCGCCCCCACGUUCCCGGGAGUGGUAGAGGCAGUGACGGAGUUUGCCUUAGAGUUCGACCUCGAGCUGCUCCUGGCUGCCGAGGUGUGGUGGGUGUUUAAGCCGCCGCUGGCUGGCUCAGUUCAUCCUGGGCGACCUGAGUGGCUUUCGAAGGUCAAUCGCCGAGGCAGCUGCUACAACUGA